CAAUAUUGCGAGUAAUGCAGGGCGAAUGUAGAAACCCGGAAAUGACGUAAGAGUCACUGGGUUAUGUUGACAUUCUUUAUUUUGCGUUAAAGCGCUGCAUGUUUUUUCUCAGUUCCCGUGUUUAAAAGCUGUUUCUGUAGCUCACGCGCUUUUCACAGCUCCAUCCAGGUGCAUGCUGGGAUUACGGGCUCUGUUCGGCAUUGGUCUCUUUGUGACGUCACGGGGAGCCACUGUCAUCGCACGCAGAGCAGCACACACACAUGUGUGUGAACACACUUACACACCACGGUUCACCCGGCAGGCCUGCAGCAUGGCCCAGUCAGUCAGGUACUUAGGUCAGGAGGAAGCUCAGCGCAUCGAUGAGGAGCUUUUCUCCGAGUACAGCUUCAGUGUGGAUCAGCUGAUGGAGCUCGCUGGACUCAGCUGUGCUACAGCCGUUACAAAGGCAUAUCCUGUACAGUCUCUGCUCAAACUCCCACCCCGUGUGUUAGUGAUUUGUGGUCCAGGGAAUAACGGCGGUGACGGUCUGGUCUGCGCUCGCCAUCUCAAACUGUUUGGAUAUGAACCUGCUGUUCUUUACCCAAAACGACCAAACAAACAACUUUUCCAGAAUUUAACCACUCAGUGUGAGAAGAUGGAGAUUUCUUUCUUGUCUGAAAUGCCAGAGGCCGAUGAGGUGGAUGAGGUUUAUAACGUGGUGAUCGACGCCAUCUUUGGUUUCAGUUUUAAAGGAGCAGUGCGCGAGCCGUUCGCCGCCAUUUUAUCCUCUCUGAAGAAGAUCAGCGUGCCCAUCGCCAGCAUCGACAUCCCCUCGGGUUGGGACGUGGAGAACGGAGCCUCUGACGGGAUCCAGCCCGACCUGCUGGUCUCUCUGACCGCCCCGAAGAAAGCUGCGUCUCACUUUCAGGGCCGGUAUCACUACCUGGGCGGACGGUUUGUUCCUCCGGCUCUGGACAGGAAGUACGGUCUGAACCUGCCGCAGUAUCCCGGGACCGAGUGUGUGCUCCGACUCAACUGACCACUCACUAAUCACUCUGAGCACUCGGAAAACUUUUCUUUAAAACGUACAGAUCACAGUGAGACGUCAUAACACUCUGUGGAAGGUGUUACAUCAGUUAAAAUAUAUAUAUUUGCUAAUGCUUUAAUGUCAAUAAACGUCACGGCCUGGCCGGAAUACUC